AUGGCAACCCACGACAUUGUUGUUCUCGGUGGUGACCACUGUGGUCCCGAGGUUGUGGCCGAGGCAGUCAAGGUUCUCAGGACGGUCGAGUCUCUGAGCCCUUCGGCUGGCAAGUUCAACCUGCAGGGGCAUCUGUUUGGUGGUGCUUCCAUCAAUGCUCACGGCAAGCCUCUCACUGAGGAGACCCUCGAUGCCGCGAAAAACGCCAACGCCGUUCUCCUCGGCGCCAUUGGCGGUCCCGAAUGGGGUCCCUCUUCUCCCGUCCGCCCGGAGCAGGGCAUUUUGGCCCUGCGCAAGGAGCUGGGCACCUAUGGCAACCUGAGGCCCUGCAGCUUCGCUUCCGACUCUCUUGUAGACAGGUAUCUAUUUCGGCGGCCGCAAGACGACGGGUCCGGGUUCGCCCUGGACACGGAGCCCUACAGCAAGGCAGAGAUAGAGCGGAUCGCUCGUCUGUCUGCUCACCUGGCUCUGGCGCAGAACCCUCCUGCCAAGGUCUGGAAUCUCGACAAGGCCAACGUCCUGGCCACCAGCCGUCUGUGGAGGAAGAUCGUCACGGAGCUGUUCAAGAACGAGUUCCCCCAGCUCCAGCUCGAGCACCAGCUGAUCGACUCGGCCGCCAUGUUGAUGGUGAAGAGCCCGCGUACGCUGAACGGAAUCGUCAUGACGAGCAACCUGUUUGGCGAUAUCAUUAGUGACGAGGCCAGUGUCAUCCCCGGCAGCAUUGGUCUGCUGCCCAGUGCUAGUCUUGGUGGUCUGCCAGAUGGCAAGAGCAAGUGCAAUGGAAUCUACGAGCCAAUUCACGGCUCGGCGCCUGACAUCUCAGGAAAGGGUAUCGUCAACCCUGUCGGCACAAUCCUGUCGAUUGCAAUGAUGCUCAGGUACUCCCUUGGUCUGCCUAAGGAGGCGGAUGUCGUUGAGCAGGCAGUCAAGAACGCCAUCGACAGCGGCGUUGUGACUAAGGACCUUGGUGGUAGUGCUAGCACCAAGGAAGUGGGUGACGCCGUUGUUGCGGAGCUGGAGAAGAUCUUGAAGAAAUAA